CUGCAAUGUAAGCUUACAGUCAACCUCGAGCAUAACCAGAUCCCGGCGGUGAGAUGAUUGGAAAUGGAAGCAUUCAAUAUCCGAUUGACCGAAGGAUCGUGAACAUGACUGCGAAUAUGCUUGACCGAGAUCCUAUACUUCUUGUCUCGAUGCCGCGAAGAAAUUGUGAGUUUGUCGAUGCCCCCUUUCUUGAGGAGUAUAUAAUAGACGUCGAAUUCCAACCUUGACUGCAACGAACACCAUCAUCCUCACAUCUUGUACAUCUUCCACAAUCACUCACUACUUGGCAAACCGCACAUCAAAGUCUCUUAUAUACCUACAACAGCCACCAUGGUCGCCAUCUUUCGCGCAGUCCUCUUCGGCAUGGUCGCCAGUUUCAGUGCCCUCGUGAGCGCAGACAACUGCAAGCCUCGUCUGUUUUACUGCGGAACAACCCUUUUGCGUAAAGGCAACUAUUACGACCAAAUCGAGGGGGCCCUGAAAGCCAGUGGGCAGUCGACCAACGAUGCGCACAUUCACAAUGGCUUGUUCUAUUGUACCGGGGGACCGAAUGGCGAGAUUACCUUUCAGGCCUUUUGUGUAAACCAUCUUGUGCUUGUUAUUGCUCCUCAACCGCGGAAGACAUCCGGGGCUAUGGAUUGGUUCGACAGCAGCGUUGAAAAGAUGUGAUGGCAACAGCGUUCAUCCUUGUUUGUCACCACCCAUCACUUCCGCGAUAUCGUUGGGGAUGGAUGAACCGAUGGUUUGGGGUGGCUAGGCUGGCUGUGAGGUGUGUCGUUCCAAGAGGCGGGGCUCAAGAGACUGCUGUGAUGCAAUGCCGGUGUUGUGCAAGGCGAGAGAGAGGCUGUCAACUGCCAUGACUGCCGAGCUUCGUUGGGUUGCUGUCGUGAUGAUGAUGCAUUCGUGCCUUGACAUAUCAACGACUGAGAAGAUGGAAGAAGCAAUCAACAAAG